AUGCCCACAGCAACGCGUUCUAUUCCAAUCAAAGUGGAUUUGCUGAGGUCUCUCCUCCUGUUUGCGCUCCUUCUCCUCGCCUGGACAGAGGCCAAGCGGCAUCACCGCCAGCACUGCUUCAACCCCGACGAAGUGCCUGAGGGGCACGUGCCCACCGAGUUCCUCAGCAGGGCCCGGCGCUGGGACCGGCACAGCGCCGUGCAGUUGGUGCCCUACCUGGAAAAGGAGCUGGCCGAGGGGCGGAGGCAUCGGAGGCAUUCAGGGUCCAACUGCCCAGCUUUGCGGGUCCAGGACUUGCGGCACAGCAGCAUCCACCAGCGGUCCAUCUCCCCUUGGAGCCACCGAAUUGACGAAGACGAGAACCGCUACCCGCAAAAGCUUUCCUUUGCCUACUGCCUCUGCAAGGGCUGCAUCAAUGCCAGCACAGGCCUAGAGACCACCGCCCUCAACUCUGUGCCCGUCUACCAAGAGAUGAUGGUGCUGCGCCGCAAGCCGUGCCCACGCAGCCACGUGGAAGCCACCCCCGCCCCCACUCACCCCGCCGCCUUCACCUUAGUGGUGGACUACGUCAAGGUGCCCGUGGCCUGUGCCUGCGUCCUGCCCCAGUCCAACAGAUGA